AUGCGGUUUGCUUCAAGGAAGAAUGGAAUGAAGAAGACCCUUUGUCAAAGGAGGGGCAGACGUGGUGUGGAGGCACGAAAUAUGACCAUGAGGGUCAGAAGACCUCUACAAGGGACCUUCAGAAAGAAAAUCCGAUCGUAUGCCACUCAAUCGAUGAAGCCGAAGAAAACAAGAAAAGCAAACCGUUUCUUCUCUGGCUGUGGACGUAAGAAAUCAAAUCGAAGCCGAAAAAGUGUGUAUGCCCAGCAGCGGGAUUCCCGGGUGGCACGAAAUAUGACCAUGAGGGUCAGAAGACCUCUACAAGGGACCUUCAGAAAGAAAAUCCGAUCGUAUGCCACUCAAUCGAUGAAGCCGAAGAAAACAAGAAAAGCAAACCGUUUCUUCUCUGGCUGUGGACGCACGAAAUAUGACCAUGAGGGUCAGAAGACCUCUACAAGGGACCUUCAGAAAGAAAAUCCGAUCGUAUGCCACUCAAUCGAUGAAGCCGAAGAAAACAAGAAAAGCAAACCGUUUCUUCUCUGGCUGUGGACGUAA